GAGAGUGCACGGACCCCAGGCCCGUUCUUUGUCAGCAUCAAACUCACUACCAGUAUUAUGCUACCUAGAUUGGCUUGGUACAUUUUAUUUGUUCGCGUCGCAUCACCGUUCUUCACUACAGACACUCAAAUCCUCCAACCCACGAACCUUGCACGAACACAUACACUCCAUACUUGGAAGGGAUUAAGAUUUCGACGUUUGUGUGUUUGCAUCUUUGGCCUGCCUCGUCUUGCGCGCUGUCAACAUGCCUCCUGCAUCGGACAAAGCUGGAAGAGUGGUUUUUAUUGGCAACAUCCCUUACGGUGUUCCAGAAGAAGAGAUCCAGGAGCUCUUGGGGAGAGUUGGACAGGUAGUCGAUUUUCGCAUAGUCACCGAUCGAGAAACGGGCAGACCCAAAGGUUUCGGCUUUGCUGAAUUCACAGAGCAAGACGCUGCUUCUUCUGCCGUCCGCAACCUGAACGACUACGAGAUACAGGGCCGCAAGCUGCGUGUCGAUUGGUCCAACGAGAAUGGGUCUGGAGGAGGAACAGGUGGUGACAACGCUGGCAUGAAUGGACAAGGCCCUGUACAAGCAUCACCUCAGAAUUCCCUACCACCACUUCCAGCCGGUACAGAUCUUCCACCGGAUAUCACAUGCCCUGAUCAAAUCUCCAAGACUCUGAACACACUACCUGCUCCCCAGCUUCUCGACGUUAUCUCGCAAAUGAAGAACCUUGUGAACCAGAACCCACAGCGCGCAACCGAGCUCCUCGUACAGUCACCGCAGCUAUCGUAUGCUAUUUUCCAGUCACUACUCCUUCUUGGACUUGUCGAAACCAGCGUUCUUCAAUCCGUCAUCUCCAACCAGCCGGUCGCACCACCACAGCCGCAGCCGCAGCAACCUGUUCAGGCACCAAUGCCAGCAUUCCCAAACUACGCACAGUAUAACCAGCCCUCUCACGUUCCAACACCUCCGAUGGCUCACCAGCCAUAUCAACAACCCCCACCAGUGGUCCAACAACCGCAAGCGGCCGAGCAGAUCAACCAGGCCGAACUUCUUCAACGGGUCUUGACAUUGACGGAUGAACAGAUCAAUGCGUUCCCGCCAGAUGCAAGACAGCAGAUCAUGGCCUUGAGAGCGCAAAUGGGCGGAGCGCCACAACACACCUAUUAGAGGCGUGUUUGUCUUCUUUUAUAGUUGAGUGCAUAGCGUGGCGUUUUUUGGGCGAAGAAGUUGGGCCACCAGCAAGGCACACAGGACCUGUAAUAUAUGAAAACUGUAUUAUGUGCUGGGAUGAGGACUCAGCGUCAGUCGGCUUGGGCAUCAAGUGUUUGUGCUUGCGACUGGGAGAUACCAUCUACAACAAAAGAUUGCAGCAAUUAAAACCAACAAUUUCGAGAAGCCAUCCACUCUUCCUUUUCUUAUUAAC